UCUUGUUAUCAUCUACAACUUCUUCUUCUUCUUCUUCUUCUUUUUGUACGUUCAUGUUAAGGCUCUUGAUAGUUUGUUAUCUUCUAAUAAACUUCAAACAUAUUUAGUACAUGUGGAAAAGCCAAUGAGCACUGUCUUUGCCGACCAUGCAGCGCGUGAGGACUGGCAUAAGUCCUUCUUGCCGGUGAGCACCACCACUAGUCCUGAUGAGCAGAGGAUGGUCUAUUCUUAUGCCAACGUGAUUAGUGGAUUUGCAGCAAGACUGACUGAGAAUGAAGUGAAAGCAAUGCAAUCCAAGGAUGGCUUUUUAGAGGCUUAUCCGGAUAAGACAAUGAAGCUGAAGACUACUCGCUCACCGGAGUUUUUAGAGUUGAACCACCACCAGCAUAGUGUUUGGAAGCAUACAAACUAUGGUAAAGGAAUCAUCAUUGGAGUAAUUGACACCGGAAUCAUACCCAAUCACCCUUCUUUCUCCGAUCAUGGCCUUCCGCCACCACCGAAAAGAUGGAAGGGUGAAUGCAAGUUCAGUACUGCCUCACUCUGCAACAACAAGCUCAUCGGAGCUAGAGUGUUCCUCAAUGGAACGACAACCGCUACACCUAUCGAUGAAGACGGGCAUGGCACUCAUGUGGCAAGCACAGCCGCAGGGAUGUUUGUUCAUGGUGCCAAUGUACUCGGCCAAGGCAAUGGAACAGCUUCCGGCGUGGCACCCUUUGCUCAUCUCGCCAUUUACAGAGUUUGUAAUUCAGAUUAUUGUACUUUUAGCGAUGUGCUUGCCGGCAUUGACGCCGCAGUGGAAGAUGGUGUUGAUGUGCUAUCCAUCUCCCUCGGCUCCGGCCCAUUACCAUUCUACAAAGAUGUAAUUGCGAUGGGAACACUAACUGCUGUAGAAAGGGGAGUCUUUGUGAGCUGCGCCGGUGGUAACGGCGGGCCGAUGAGUGGAACACUUUCUAAUGAAGCACCGUGGAUCCUCACCGUGGCGGCGAGCACUAUCGACCGGAGUUUCAGAGUGAAGGUGAAGCUUGGUAAUGGGUUUGAACUUGAUGGUGAAUCUAUUUACCAGCUUGACUCAUCUAAGCCUAUCACCUUCUUCCCUCUUGUGGAUGCCAUUGCUAAUGGCAACUCUAACUCCAAGUUUUGUGGCAAUGGUUCACUCCAUGGCAUGAACGUCAAAGGCAAGAUUGUUGUAUGUGAGACAGGAGGAGAUAUUACUAGAAUUCAAAAGGGUGUGACUGUGAAGAAUGCCGGCGGCUUCGGUAUGAUACUUGUUAAUUCGGCCUCCGGCGGUGCCACCACCGAUGCCGAAGCUCAUGUUCUUCCUGCAUCACAUGUAGGUUACAAUGAAGGUUUGAUAAUAAGAAGCUAUAUCAAUGUUUCGGCAUCCCCUUCAUCUGCAUUCAUCUUUAAAGGCACCAUGAUUGGAACCUCACCGGCUCCGGUGAUGGCCUCAUUCUCUUCCCGAGGACCGAGCAUUGAGAGUCAUGCCAUACUUAAACCAGACAUCACCGGCCCUGGCAUGAACAUUCUUGCGGCAUGGCCCUUUGAUGUCGGUCCGCAUGCACAGACAUCUAAUGAUGUUUACUACUUCAAUGUGAUUGCCGGCACAUCAAUGUCGACACCACAUUUGAGUGGAGUUGCUUCUCUUAUCAAAAAUGCACACCCAGAUUGGUCGCCGGCAAUGAUCAAGUCAGCAAUCAUGACAACCGCAUACAUACAAGAUGAUAUGGGCAAUCCAAUUCAUGAUCAGCAAGGAUUGCCUGCUGGUUUAUUUGCUACCGGAGCCGGACAUGUUCAACCGACAAAAGCUAAUGAUCCCGGUCUCGUUUACGACAUUGAUCCGGUCGAUUACAUAGCAUAUCUUUGUGGCUUAAGAUACAAAAGCAAACAAGUUAGUAUCAUUGCAGGAAGACACAUAGAUUGUGAGAGAGUUGGAAGUAUCUCUGCAAGUGAGCUGAACUAUCCCACAAUUAUGGUGGUGCUGUCAGGAUCAAAUAAAACAGUAACCUUGAGACGCAAAGUGAAGAAUGUUGGAGAGGAGGGAGUGUACAGUGUGAAGGUGAAUGCACCAAAAGGAGUGGAUGUUAGGGUUGAGCCAAAGAGGUUGCAAUUUAAAGGCAUAAAUGAAGAGAAGAGCUUCACAGUGAGCUUCAAUGGAGGUUCCAUACAUGGAGUUGGACUUGUAGAAGGGCAGCUUAGGUGGAUCUCUGGCAAAAGAGUCGUGAGGAGUCCUAUCUGUGUUGUCUUUGAUUAGGGUAGAUUGAUGGCCCUAUCUUUGUGGGUCAACCCCAUGGACAAACUAGUCUCCCCAAAAUAUGUGCAUCUAAUUAAAGUUAUUUUAUAACUGUUUGUGUAUUUGUUUAAUGAAGUUUCCAAAA